UCCGUGGAGGCGACACUUCUGACUUUUUCUCUCAGGCUGUUCAGAGAAUCAGUCACAGGAUGACGCACCAGUUCCCAACACUCUCCGAGGCGCAGAAGAGGGACCUCCACGAGACCGCUCUACGCAUAUGUUCUCCGGGGAAAGGCAUCCUGGCUGCAGAUGAGUCUGUGGGCAGCAUGGCCAAGCGGCUGGCCCAAGUUGGAGUGGAGAACACUGAGGAAAACCGCAGGCAGUAUCGCCAGAUCCUCUUCAGUGCAGAUGAUCGCAUCAACAGCUGCAUCGGAGGAGUCAUCUUCUUCCACGAGACUCUGUACCAGCACUUUGAUAACGGUGUUCCCUUCGUUAAAAUGAUCAAGGACAGGGGCAUCCUGGUCGGGGUCAAGGUUGAUAAAGGUGUUGUCCCUCUGGCAGGAACAAGUGGAGAAAGCACCACUCAGGGUUUGGAUGGAUUAUCUGAUCGCUGCGCACAGUAUAGAAAAGAUGGAGCUGUCUUUGCAAAGUGGCGCUGUGUGCUCAAAAUCAGUGAAUCCAAUCCAUCGAAACUGGCGAUCACGGAAAAUGCAAACGUCCUUGCACGCUACUCAAGUAUAUGCCAGCAGAACGGGAUUGUGCCCAUCAUAGAGCCAGAGAUUUUACCUGAUGGCGAUCAUGACCUGAAACGUUGCCAGCACAUCACCGAGAAGGUCCUGGCUGCGGUGUACAAGGCCAUGUCAGACCACCACGUGUACCUGGAAGGUACUCUCCUCAAACCCAACAUGGUCACUCCCGGACACAGCUGCCCCACCAAGUACAGCCCGGAGGAGGUUUCCAUGGCAACACUUUCUGCCCUGCGUCGCACUGUUCCCCCAGCUGUUCCAGGAGUUGCUUUCCUCUCAGGAGGUCAGAGUGAAGAGGAGGCUUCUGUCAACCUCAAUGCCAUCAACAACUGCCCCCUGCCUAAACCCUGGAUCCUAACGUUCUCCUUCGGCCGAGCCCUGCAGGCGUCCGCACUCAGAGCCUGGAGAGGACACAAAGAGAACGAGAAAGUGGCCACUGAGCAGUUCAUCAAGAGAGCAGAGGUGAACAGUCUGGCCUGUCAGGGGAAAUACUCUGGUGGUGACAACUGUGCAGAAGCUGGCCAGCGCGUCUACGGUUCCUGCCACGCAUACUGAAGUGUCGAAGAUUUUAAAGUAGUCACAUAUAUUGUUCUGCUUAGGUUUCUUCUGAAUACUGGCACACAUGGUCACAUAAUGUUGAAUGAAGACAAAUGAAUACGUGUUUUCUGCUUUGACACAUGAGGACAAUCAGAACAGAGCUAAAGCUUUAAAACAUCACAAUACUGACUUCCCAUCCACUGCAAGAAUAUAGAUGUAACUGAUGUUAGAGAGAUAUUGUUCAGCGCUUUUUAUGUGGAAGUAUACUGAAAUCUGUCUAUAAGUGAGUUAACUUUUGCAUUAUUUAAUUUUCACACUAAUUUAGCAAUAAACUUGAAAAAGUAGAAAUGACGCAUGGAAUUAGCGCUGGGCUAAUUUGCUGCUUAAAUACCUAAGCAGAGUAUCAGUAGCUCAACAGUAAAUGCAACACGUAUCAUGUUAUUGUUCACAGCAAUAUACUCUUAUAAACACACUAGAAUCUGAUAAACAUAGUUGUAUGUAAUGUGGAAAAAAAGACUCAUCUGUAAAAGUCUGCUUUGUUUGUGGGAUGUCACACUUCUGAUAAGUUUACUGUACUGAGUCACAUGUUGGGAAAAAUAUUUCAUAUAAG